CGCAGGUUGGUGCAUGGUCCGUGCACCUGAUUUUUUUCUGCAGCAUUGGAAGUCGCUUGUGAACUUGGGUCCCGUCCUCUCAUACUCCCCCAUCAUCGCAUUCAAUUUUCGGUAGCCGAAGCAGAACCCUUGCUUCAUUAUUUCCUUCCCCCCUUCCCCUCUUCCACCGUCACGGCACUCCGUCCAACAGACAUACAGCCAAGAUGAUGUCCCUCAGGACCAUUGCGCGCUCUGCGCCCAGGGCGUUGGCUCGCGCUUCUAGCACCUACUCCAGCCGCACAGCCAGCAGCUUGUUCAGAGCGCGCCCGGCGUCGUUCAUCCGCCCGCAGCAAGUCUCUGCCUUCUCGACAUCACUCUUCCGCAGGGCGAUGGCCGGCGAGGUGGACGAGGAGGUGUCGGCCAAGCUGGCCAGCGAGAUCGAGUUCGAGCAGGAUGUGAAGCAGAACGAGCCGCUGCCGGCCAGCAUCAAGGACUUCCUGGACAACAGCCCGUUCAAGGUUGAGGACGUUCCCGGAAAGGAGGAUGUCAUUUUGACUCGGACGUUUGGUGAUGAGAAGAUCACCGUCUCCUUCUCCAUUGCCGACCUGCACAACUACGAGCCCGACAUGAUGGAGGACCCGGCCAUGGAGGACGAGUUGGACGAUAUCGAGGCUGGCCGCAGCCCGCAGGAGCGCGGUGGCGCCGCCGACCUCGACCAGGAAGCCAACGAAGACCUCGAGGCCGGCUCGGACGAGGCUGCUGUUCCCUGCCGCCUCAACAUCGUCAUCGAGAAGCCGAACAAGGGCGCUCUCAACGUGGAGGCCCUCGCCCAGGACGGCGCCAUCAUCGUUGAGAACCUGUACUACUACUCGGACCCCAAGCUGGCCCACAGCACCGACCCCGCCGCCGUCCACGCCGCCCAGGACACCUACCCGGGCCCGCCCUUCGGCAGCCUGGACGAGGAUCUGCAGAUUCUGAUGGAGCGCUACCUCGAAGAGCGCGGCAUCACGCAAUCGCUGGCUCUCUUUGCGCCGGACUACAUGGACUACAAGGAGCAGAGGGAGUACGUCGCCUGGCUCAAGAACGUCAAGAACUUCAUUGAUGCUUGAACGCGGAGAAGACGGGGACGGGGACGCAGCUGGGGAGCGCUGUGCGACAUGAUUUGUAUUACUACUGCUUUGCCACUCUACUGGAUGUCUUGAUGUACGAUACAUAUAAAGGGACAAGGUUCCUUCCUGUUUGCAUGCAUUUCUUGUCCGAAUGAAAAAGUAUGAAAACAGUUUAAUGAACGCAGACUCGGAUUACUUAGUACGGGACAGGAGAGUUCGUGUUUGGGGGCCCCUCUGUCAUUGGUCGGGCAGGGCCUUGAACGGAGGACGGAUCAAUACAAAUACAUACUGCAGUAAUAAUGGCCGGAUUCGACCAGCCGAUGUGUGUCUAGUGUAUAGGCUCUCAGCCUUAAUGCCACUGCAUCUUCGUCGAG